AGUUAGUCCAUUUCGUUGCUUUUCAUUUUUAUCAUAAUUCAGGCCCUUGUGUGAGUGAAGUUCAUUAUUUUUUUUAUAUGUAUUUAAAUUAUGUCGGUAAUGUAUAUGAAAGUUUACAAGAUGAGUUUAUUCGAUUAACGGGACUACUAAGUUUAUUAAACAUGUAUUAGUGCUUUAUAUUAAAGAUUUUGUUGUGACACUUUUUAGUCAUAGUCAUUAUAUAUGUAUCUAUAAGUUGAUCGCGUAUCUCCGGCUUAAUUUGAGUUGGUACUGCUGUGUACUGAAAGUGUUCGUCGAAAAUAAAAAUUAAUAAUUGUUAUAAUACUGUUGAAAGAAAAAUAAUGCAUAUCUUUGAAGGAGAAAUAUCAGGAAAUUGAAGCACAAAGUUGAAAAAUCCUUGUGGUAACUUUGUAGACAUCUUAUUUGAAGGAGGCCUGUUUCUUUUGAAAGAUGAAUUCUGAAAUAAUCCCUAAAGCAAGACGGAGUAGAGGACGUCCCAGAAAAACAUCCAGUAGUCUUCCCAACAUAGCCAAGAGCGCUACCCCUCUUAAACACUCUCCCAGUUAUACUCCAAAACGAAAACAGCUGCUGGAUGCUCCGUCUGACGAGAUACAAGUUAUUGGUUUCAAUGGGUUUGAGACUUCUCAAGCCAAAAAACCCAAAUCCGAGGAUCUUUCGGAUCCUAAUGCCGCUAAACGUCUACUACCCCAUCGUGCUGCACGAUUCACAGAAUCAUAUGGCGGGACAUCACCCGAUGUUGUAAUAAUUUCUGACGAGGAACAAGGUGGAGAUGAUAGUGACUCUGAUAGUGAUUCAGACUGUGGACCAAUCCCUUCUCCAGUGAUUGUAGUGAAAUCAAAAGAAGAGCUUGAGCAAUAUGAGGAAAACAUCCAGCAUCUGAAGCAGAUGCUGUGUGAUGAGGAAAUGAAACUUGUUUUGCUUAAAAAACUUCAAGACAGUCAGAAGUCUAAGGACCUCAGACGAGAAUCUAAUAGUAGCCCCUUGCCGACUACAGGACAACCUUCUUCCUCUUCCAAAUCUUCAUCUACUGUCACAUUGAAAUCUGGAGUACAGAUACAGCCGCUUCCUAGUAAACAGCUUAUUUCCAAUAAUAAGUUUUUAUCAUCAAAGAAGGAAAUGAAGUUUGAGUCAACUUCACAUUUUAACAAAGCUGUUCCAAAAGCAUCAUCUGUAUCUUCAUCUGUUAAACACACAGUUAAGGCAGAACUAAAUGAUAGUGUUGCUUCUUCAGUGUCAUCUAAUUCUGCUGAAAAAAUCAAUGCCUCUCACUUACAACAAUAUCCUUUGUUAAAGAACCUCUCCGCCCAAAUAACAAUUACUGCUGUGCCUCCUGUUGGUUCUCCGGCUCCAACUAAUCAUUCACAACCAGCAACCGUUUCCAACUCAAAUAAAAGUACUCCUGCACCCGUAUCGAAGGAAGAUAAAGGAGAGUCGUUAUCUCACAGACAGGCCGCAGCUAAACUAGCCCUGAGAAAACAGUUAGAAAAGACACUCCUUCAAAUACCUUUACCCAAACCACCACCCUUAAAACUAAAUUUCUUUCCAAAUGCAAACAGUAUCGAAUUCCUCUGUUUGUUAGGCCUCGAUUUUGUAGUUGACUUUUUAACCAAAACCAAAAAAAGUUCUGUCGCCAAUCCACUUACGUGCGCGCAAUGUUCCACAGAUUUCACGUGCGCCUGGAAGUGGAAGGAAGUCGACAAGAACGGCGUCAAGAGUUACGAUGUUUUCUGCGAGGCGUGCAUCAAUUCCAACAUUCGUAAAUCCUUGAAAGCUCAACACACAAACAGUCUUAAGGCUGCCUUUUUAAAAGCGCUCCACCAAGAAAAAGAAAUAGAUAAACUGACCACAAUGCCAUCAAAAUCACACUCUCCCACGCCACGGGAGUCUUCGCGCACACACCUGCCUUCACCGUCACCCGCUCAUCAGAACAGCUCUAUGUCUGUUCAUUCUCUUCCAAAGCAUGGAGCACCUGUACCAUACAUUCCAAAAGUGGCGCCAAGUUUGAAUCAUGCCGCCGCCUUAGCACAAAUGACUAAACUUAGUCCUCAAUAUCAACAGCUUCUCCAAAUUCAAGCGCAGCACUUAUUUGCUACUGGUGUGCCUUUACAUCCUAGUAUGCUAUCACCGUUUAUGUCGCCAAGUCCAAAUCAUCAUAGCAGGGGGAAAUCAUCGGUUCCGAGCGAUCUUCGCAGACAAUACAGAUCAGAUAGAGUCCAAUCUCCAUCAAUACCUCAUUCAUCAUCCAGUUGGAAAGCUUAAGAUUAUUUCUUGAAUUCAAAGUAAUUUUUUUUUUAAAGGGGCCAUUCAAACAACCGAGGACCUUGUGGAUGUAUAUAAGAUCUCAAAAUGAUAGAGAGUAACAAAAACUUGUACAUUUGAAAAUAGUUUUACUUUUGGAGGAAAAAUGUUUCACAUCAUUUUUCUUAUACAGGGUUGCAACUCCUCCGGGAAAAACCUGGAAAAUACAGGGAGUUUUAAAAAUCACUCAAAAUAACAGGGAAUUUUGAGUUUUUCCUCACAAAUUGGGAAAAUGCAGGGAAUUUUGUCUUUUAAAAAAUGGUUACCACUCAUAGCGCAAUGUAUGAGAUAUUUAAAGAUGAUAUUUCAGCUAUACUAAAUUAUUUCAUUUACUUAAAGCAUUAUUUAAGUAUCUUCAGCUGAUCCUUUUUUCCCCCUAAGUUUUCCCCUCAAUUAAAACUAAUAUAGUUAGCCCAAUAUAGCUUGCACAAGAGCUCAGUGAUUGUGUGUUAUUGAUAUAUUGUGUAUAAUACAGGGAAAACGCAGGGAAUUUUUUUCUUCUUCCAAAUUAGAGUAGCAACCCUGUAAUAUGAAUAACUUGUUAUAUUCAUUAAGUGUUACAUUAUGUUAUGCUCUUUUGUAAAGUCACUCCUUGCUUGAUCCACUCCUCUUAUUAGAGCACGCUACAGACAUUUAAGACAAUUUAACCAAUAAAUAAAAAAAGGAGAUAUCGAUCAGAGGCCAUGAUAAAAAGUUAUAUAAAAAAUAUUUUACUGCAUUGAAAUAUUUCUAAAUUGUAUUUAACUGUAUUAAGUAUUAUUUGGUAGUAAAAGAAAGAAAAUAAAGUAAAAAAGUAAUUUUUUGAAUUUCACAAAUAGAGUUUGUUAAAACUUGGCAAAUUCAAUUUAAGUUGACUUAGUAUUUUCUGCAUAAAAUAUUAUAUAUUAGGGUAGAAAGGAAAUUACAUGUAGUAAAAUAAUGAAAAUGAAGCCAAAAUAAUUGAUAAGCAAAUAAUUUGCUAAAGAAGAAUUCAGUGAAAAAAAUUUUUCUCACAAAAUUUGUUUCGUUUUGUAAAAUCUACUGGAUUUUUUCCAAUCUAUCUUUUUAGCUAUGUGCUAAAAAAAAAAAAAAAAAAACCUGCAAAUUGAGGAAAAGAAUUCAGAUAAUUUCUUUUUCCAGAAAUCACAUGCCUUUAAUUAAGAAGUCAACUUAUAAUAAUUAAAUAUAUCAGAAAUUUCCCCUACGAAAUGUUACAUAUUAAAAUAAAUUUAUUUGUUCCAUAAAUAUUAAAAAUCAAGCCAAGGGAAAAAAUAAUUUCUAAAAUUCUAAGUUGAAUAUGGCGAUAUUUUGUUGAAUUUGCCCAUUAUAAUAAUUAACACCGACAAUUUUUUAUGAUUAUUCUUUUUUUUGUCAACUAUUUGUGGUGUUCAUUAGAAAUUUUGUAAAAUAAAAUAUUGCAUUAGCUUACGGGUUGAGAGUUAACAAAUUUAUUUUUUCAUGCGAGGUAAAAUGGAGGAAGGAGUCAAAUUUUCUUCAAAACAUAAAUAUGUUAUGUUUGAAUUGCCCCUUUGUGUAAAAAGAUAAACUUAUUUAAAUAUGAAUUAUAUCUUUUCUGUGUUGGUUGAUUCCUUGAGAAGACUGGAGUUAUAUUUGCUAUUAAAAAGGGAAGGACUAAAUUGAUAUUUUGUAUCAUUCAAGAUAUUGUAAAAAUAUUUCUAGCCAUUUCCUUUUUUAAUUUGUAAAUGCCAUUUGUUUUAUUAUGAAAUGCAUAUAUGAAUUUGUUUAUGUAUUACUAUUCUGUUAUUUAUUUUCUUUUCUUUAACAGGUCAGUUAUAAAAAUUUGGAAAUGCGCCAAACAUAUAAAACAGCAAAAUAUUGUUUUAUAUUAAUCAAUUAUAGUAAAAUUGGUUUUGUGGUACUUUAGGAUUAUUCCGUCGAUCUGUCAAUGCUUGUGAAAAUGCGCAAAUCAAUUAGGGCCAUUAAAAUGAAUAGCAAUUUCCAAAUUAAACAUUCUAAGCACAUUUAAUUUAUCAAAUAUAAAAUAAUAGUAACAAAAAAAAUUUAAGUGUAAUAAAAAAAAUACGUAAUAAAAAAAGAAUCAAAGCAAAGUAAAAAAAAAAUUUUUUUUUAUAUUUAUAAUUACACAUUGAAUUAUUCUUGAAUUUAACCAUAUAUACUAUUAUAAAUAAUUUUAUUGCAAAACAAAGAAACAAGUCUCAUUAUCGUUGUGCAGUCGCCGCCACAUUAAUUAGUUUAAAUAUGAUAAAAAAACUAAUUCGUUUAAAUACGAUUAAAAAAAACUAACUCGCAUAGUCAUGGAUUGCACAGUAAAUAAGAUAAAAUUUGUGAUUAUUGGUGCAGAAGCUACCUUUUGGCAAAAAUGGUCAGCGGGAUAAUCCCAAUGUACUGGUUUUGUUUAUACAAUAUUAGUAUAAUGGUCUGACAUGUAUAGCAAUAAAUAGCUUUAUACUAAAUAUGUUUAAAUUAUAUAGAAUAAUAAAAUUUUCAUUACAGUUUGAAUUAUAAUAUGGUGACGUUAUUUAUGAAUUAAUAUGGUGACAUUAUUUGUUAUAAUUAGUUAAACAAAUUGAUUAUAAUGCUAAAUAAACUUAUGAAACCCAUUUUAUAUAAAUCCUAUUAACAGAUUUUAUGAAUUUUUUUUCUUUCCAAGGGGAAUGUUAUAUAGUUCUCUGUUUAAACGAAUAAUUCAAUAAUUUUCAUUAUGAAUGUAUAUAUAUAUAUUUUGCUUAUUUCACAUGUGUAAAUGUGAUGAUUGGUUGAUUAUUUUAAAUGAAUAAUACUUUCCUACUAAUAAAAGUAGCAUAUUUUUACUAAAGGAUGAAAUAACUACCAUGUAAAGAAAAAUGUAGUUACUGACUCUGAAAUAUAUUCUAAUUAGUUUAGUAUGAUUAUUUUAUAAAAGUUCAAAUAAUUGAAGGAAGAAAGGAAGCUUACUAAGUAAUGUAAUGAAAUAUCUAAAUUUGUGUACUUAGCUAACUUGAAAUAUCAAAAUUUAAAUUCUUAUUUAUUUUUAAACUAUGAAAUAUCCAUUUUAGAAAAUGCAAAAUUAUUACACAAAGGACAGUAAUGUUUUUAUUACCCAUGUGAGACUAAGAAAUUGAAUAGAAAUUUUAGUGUCUAUAAUUGUUAAUUUUGCAGUACCAAAAAAAAAAAUUAAAAAAAAAUAUUUGUUUACCUUGCUGUUGUAUGAAGAAUAAAAUUAUGAAAAACUGAUACCUGCUCUUUUUUUUUUUUUUCUUUCCGGUUGCCUAAGAUGACCUAGGUCCAUUUAGUCGAGAAUGUACUGAAUUUUUUUUCUACUGUAAAUAUUUUUGAAUUCAAAAUAUUGCUUUUAAAUGUGGUUCAAAAUUUGAUUUUGAAUUAAAAAUAAUGCAUAUUUCCAUUUAAUUUUUCACUUUUUAACCAGUACAUAUUUGAAAAUCUAAGUUUGUUAAACGUCAUUUUUGUUUUUUGCUAAUAUGUAUAUAAUUUUUUUUUAAUGUUAUGCACUUUUUCAGAUUCUUUUUUAAAGGGGAAGGGGAAAAAAUUUAAUCUAUAAUUAUAUUUUAUUUAUGUUUCUACAUUUUAGUUUUUUUUUUUACCGACAGAGAAUAUCAUAAUAUUUUUUUUAAAAGAUUAGUUUCUUAAAAUAUAUAAAUUAGUCCUAAUGCUUUAAGAUCAUUACAUAUAGGCUAUUUUUUUAAAAUAGUACUGUAGCACAGUGUUUCUGACCUUUUAACUGACAAUGAACUUAAAUUUUUUUCCCCCAUUUCAUUAUGUGUACUUUUUUAAAAUUGAAAAAAGGAAAGAAAAUUACAACUAUAUUUAUAUUCUUGUUUUUCACUGUGUUUUUAGAGUUGAAUGUAUAUUCUGUUUCAGUUAUUUUUAUUUAGUGAAACUUGAUACACUUGUAAAUUUUCUUAAUAAAUAUCAUUCAAACAAGGAA